AGCGCAGGCGGAAGCCCCGGAGCGGUUUCCAGAGAACACUUAGUUGGCGGGGUGGCGGCGGGGGGAGGGCGGGCUGAAAUCAAAGUGAGAAGGCCAUCACCUCCUCCCAAUGCCUACUUCCCACCCCCACCUUCCCUUGGAGGAAAGUCUCUAGGCCAUGAAGCGAGUCUGGGCCCUGCUCCCUGCAGUGUUUCUUUACCUUUCUGAAGGAGUAGGAGAGCUGUUUUCUGUCCCAGAAAAAAAAAACUACAUUUAUGGCAACGUAGAACACCCAGUGAAAAUCUAUGUAAAAAUGCACCAUAAUAGUCCAUUUCUUGCCUGCAUGGAUAAAGAGCUUUCUCAAACAGAAAUAAUAGACCCCAUAUCUUUGUGGAUGGGACCAAAUGGAAAGCAUUUAAAAGAAAACAGUCAUAUAAACCUAACUUCAGAAGGAAAGCUAAUGAUUACAAGUUUUCAAGCAUCUAUGUCUGGAUCUUACAUAUGUACUCUUACUUAUAAAAUCAUCAGCGAGGAAACACAAAAAGAACAAGAGAUAUAUAACAUAUAUACAUUUAUGGCAUUUGGAUACCAGGAACCUGAUUUUGCAUAUCAAAUGACAGUACGAUUUACCACAGAUUCUUGUAAUGGAAAAAAAAAUUCUCAGUUCUUCAAAUUACUGAUAAGGAUAUUAGAUGAAAUCAUCAUUGAUUUGACAUGCCACAUUGAAGAACCAUCAUAUAAAUGCCAUUUUCUCGAAAUUCCAAAACAUGGUCUCAAGGAGGAACUAUUUAUAGCCUUUCAAGUAAAACCUUUCUCACCAGAGCGGAAAGCUGCUUGCAGUAAACUUUCUGUUGACUGUGAGGAAAUCACUAACAGUAACGUUCACCAGGCAAGAAAUCGCAUAGAAGAGUUCUUUCUCAAACAGACAAAUAUUUUGAAACAUGAAUUUAACUAUAUACCAAAUAUUCAUUAUGUCGAACACAGCUUUAAAGUAAUACGCAUUGACAGCUGUCAACCAGGCUUUGGGAAAAACGAUAUUCUACAUAGUGACUGUGCUAGCUGCUGUGUGGUUUGUGAUCCAAGAACCUAUAGUCCUAACACUGAUGUAACUUGCCAAGCCUGCUUAACUGUCCACAUCUAUGGAGCUAAAACUUGCCCAUAAACCAAAACCAAAAGCUGGAAAAUUGAAGACAACAGAUGAUGUAAAACUGAAGUUUUUGAGUGGAAAAGUACUGAGAUAAAAGUGGUCUAUAAAGAUUAUUCUGCUAAUGAGGCGAAGGACGGCUUGGAGUGGGGAAGACUAGAAGCUGAAAAAACAGCUGCAGCUUUGUGAAAUAAGACCCUGAAAAAUCAGAGAAGUCAUAUCAUGUGAUGUUAAAUGAAGAAAGCCGGAGCUGUGACAGAGGACAAUUCAGCCAUCUUGCCCAGGAAAAGCCUGUGGCCUGGCUCCCUCAAGGGGCUGGGCAGAUUACAUGAGCUCUGGGGUUCUCCGAAGUUCCAGGUCCCUCAGUUUCUGCCCAUCAGAGGAGUUAUAGUUGAAUGGAUUUUAUUUUAUUUUUUGCUGCUCCAAUAUUAUUUUCUGAAACCACUGAAUUGUUAAUAAUAAAUUACUGAACAUGUUGCUCCUCAUUUGUUUUGAUUCGUUGA